GACAAAAAAAAAAGGCAGGAAUUGGCGAAGGAAAUAAAAGGUGAAAAAAAACCCAAGCAAGGAUCAAAUUAGGGCUCUGCUACUUGUACUAGUGGGAGAAGAAGAGGUCCCGAUGGCGACCGCCCCUCCCUCUUUUCCGCCGCAAGAUGCAGCCUUUCGGCCGCCGGCGACUGCAACGCAACAGCACUCAAGGUCCAAUACGGAGGAGGCACUGGCUGGCGCCGAGGCGGCGGCUGCGGCGACCCUUCUUGUUCGGCAUCUUCCGGAAGCGAUACCUCAGGAGAUGCUAUCUCGCCUCUUCUCCCACUACGGCGCUUGCUCCGUCCGCCCCUGCGCCGGUGGAAAGAUGAGGAAUUGUGCCUUUGUGGAUUUCAAGGAUGAAACAUUGGCUGCUCAAGCAGAGUCACAAUUGAACAGGCUGAGAUUUCUUGGAAAAGUUUUAACAGUAGAGAGAACUGGAAAGUUGAAUUUGAAGAACACGAAUCAACAGAGUGAAGAACAACCAGUGAAGGGUUCAUCUGGUCCACCUGCACCUCUGUUGGACUCUUCAAUGAACCUGAAGAAAUCAGUACCUGUUGGUGAACCAAUUGCUGCCAGGCUUGGUGUUGACUAUCCAUUUCCUCCACAUCUUGAAUAUGAGUAUCCGCCGCCUGAUGGAAAUAUACUGACCAAUAUUGUCAAUGCCCUUAUUGCUGUCCCUCGAUUCUAUACACAGGUUUUACAUUUGAUGAACAAAAUGAAUAUUCCUGCUCCAUUUCGAAUGGCAUUGCCAACACCACCCCUCCCGCCCCCUGGGCCUGCUCCUCCUCCUCCACCACCUCCUGCUACAACAGAGCCUCAUUUGGCUGAUCUGUCCAGUGAUGAGUCAGAGUUUGAGUCCUCAGAAGAAGAUGCUGAUAAUGCUUACAGUCGAAAGCGUGCUAAAAGAGAAGCCAUUGUAGGCCCUGCUGUUGAUAAAGGUGUGGCACAUGAAGCUGUUGGGUUGAAACCUGCGACCUUGGUUCCAAAGGAGGUUCCAGUGAUAAAAAAGAAAAACCCAGUGCUACAGAUAAAAAUUGCCCCCAAGUCAAUGCAAAAAGAAAAUACAGAUGAUGAUAGCAACAUGAAAGAACCAGAUUCAGUUAAAGGGAAUAUGGAACAAAAGGCGUAUGCGACACCACAAGAAAUAGAGAGUGGGAAAUUACCUCCUGAGGAAAUAUUAUCUCUUCCUAUGUUUAAGAACUAUGCUCCAGGAAACCCUGCUAAUGUCUUGUACAUCAAGAACUUGGCAAAAGAUGUGGUGGUUGAUGACUUUUACUUCAUAUUUGGGUCACUUUUUGAAAGUGUGGAAGCUGCUAGAAUUGGUCUGAAUAUCAAGUUAAUGCAGGAGGGACGCAUGAGGGGUCAAGCUUUUGUGACAUUUCCUUCAAUAGAUCUUGCUCAACAUGCACUGAAUUUAGUUAAUGGAUAUGUGUUCAAAGGUAAACCAAUGAUUAUCCAGUUUGGUCGCAAUCCUUCUGCUAGCAAAGCCAACUAAACUGAAUUCACUGUAAACCAAAGCAGCCAUGUUGUGAGCCUGGACAAGCAAUCAGCUGUGUAAGAGCAGUUUGAAAACACUGGGAAUCUGGUGGACCUACUUUUACAUAUGAAGCUCGUUUCUUAAAUUUGGUGAUCAUAAAGCUGCUGAAGUAGAAUGAGAUUAGGAGUGGGCAAAGUCUGAUGCUGAUUCAUGGCUUAAGCAACUUGCAUCAAGGCCAUUUGCCACCAGGCUCACCAGAAGUCCUUGUUUACAACUGUGCCUUGUGGCAUCUGCCUGUACUAUCUCCAGGGACCAUGUAUAUUACCCACCAAAUGCCAAAUAGUUUCGAUUUUACAGUUUAUGGUUCUACAUGUCCACUAGGACCUAUCUAUUCCACUUCUUGCUUGCAGGCCUCAUUGUAUGCGAAUGUAAUACACAAUAUGUUAUCCUUUAUGAGAGGGACGUGUUACUAAUUGGUCAUUUAGUAAGAUAAGAUAUGCUCUCAUUGUGUUCCAUAUUCUCAUGAAAUGUAAUGUUUUAUGCUGAA